UCAUCCUCUCUCUCUCUCUCUCUGUUGAUACUUUUUUGUUUGUUUGCUCUGUUUGUUUCACUACGCUCCAGCUUUCUCUUCGUUUUCCGUCAGAUUCAGAAUUGCUUUUUUUUUUUUCCCCAAGAAACUCGAUCGAGAGAUUCCUUACUUCUUUUUUUUCUCCAUUUUAGUCGCUUUUAUUAUACGAUUCAUCUCUGUCUCCUGAUUCGCUUUACGAUACGAUUCCUGAAUCGCUUUCGUAUCCUUGCUUGAUUUUGAUUUUAGUAUAUUAUUCACUUUUUGCGAUGAAGUUUUGUUUUGCUCCAGAAACUAGUUAAAUCCGAUUUUCCGGUAAUAGUCAAACAUCGACGUUGACGGAACAAGAGAAGGAGACGAGAGAGAGAAUCAGAGCUUUCAUCAUCAUCAGCUAUAUUUUUAGUUUCCCGACGUCUAACCACAUGAACCGGCGGCGACUUCUGAUUUCGGCGAUACUUCUCUCAUACUUUCUUCUUCACGGCACGGCUCUCGCCUCCGGGGUAAAGCUUAGAGGUAAUCUGGAUUUUACUAAAACGACGACGUUACCUAGCUCUUCGCAUCGGAAGAUGCUUCUUCUCUCUCCUGGAAAAGCAGAAAGGAGGGCAGAGCCAGAGAGGAUAGGAGACAAGUGCAAGAGUACAGACAUAGUGGUGAACCAAGCUGCAACGGAACCAAUGCCGAGCGGGAUACCAGGUUACACGGUAGAGAUUACCAACAUGUGUAUGUCUGGAUGCGUUAUUUCGAGGAUCCACAUCAGCUGCGGUUGGUUUAGCUCAGCUAAGUUGAUUAACCCAAGAGUCUUCAAGCGUAUUCACUACGACGACUGUCUUGUCAACAACGGCAAGCCCUUGCCUUAUGGCUCCACACUCUCUUUUCACUACGCCAACACUUUCCCUUACCCUCUCUCUGUCGCCUUCGUCACCUGCUCUUAGGCUGUUUGCUUUCUUUUUUUUUCUUAUAGGAUAAACUGUGGGAAAUUAAGAGAGUCGUAUUAGAUACGGAAAUAUGGAGAUUAAUCUUAUUCAUACGAAUACCAUCAUCCACUUUUGUUUUUUCUUCUCUUGGGAUGUGGAAACAGUGAUAUUAUAUAUAAGUAUAUAAAAAAAGGAAUCUAUCAAA